AUGGCGCCAAGUCCUACCAUGUACAGGGCAGCGGAGACACUCACCGCGACUACAAUGUGUACCGCAACCGCUGGCCCAGGGACUUCGGUCCGGGACGGUGGCAUAGGAGCAGCAGUAGGGGCUACCGUUGGUAUACUGUUCGGUGCGGUUGCCGCUUGGUUUCAUCUUGCACAGCAAAGACGACGACACGAAAACAAAAACGCAGAGACGACGCGCGACGAUGCCCCCGCGCGCGACGAUGCCGCAGAGAGCGACGCUGACUCGGAAAUCCUUUGGUACGAAGGCCAGGACGAGAUAGUCAAGUUUCCACCACGGGAGAGAUGGCGAAAACGGGCGUUCAAAUGUCUAAUGACGAAAUACGAAUUACUGGAUGAAGGCGAAGAUGACUUGGAACUGAAGCUCGGCAUGCAGUGCGCCGGCGUCGGCACGAUUGUUGACGACGAGUCCAACUACCACGUCGACCAUGUCUCGUCCGUCCCCGACUCCUGGCAUGAAUCUCUCAGGCGUCUUGGUCUGGGGGAGUCGCUCAACGACAGUCUCACGGACCUACUCAUGGAUCCGGUAACCCGUCGUCAAGCAAUCUUUCAUCUGAUAGUGCGUGUGGUUUUCACGAACCUUGACUACCACACCAUCGGCCCCUUUUCACUCCUUCCGGCUUACGUCAACGACUUUGUUCAGUCUCUCACCCCCGGGACCGAUGACCCGUGGAACCAUGGCAAGUGCUUCCUUGCAUCGGCAUCAAGGUUGAAUUCUGCUAAUGGCUCAUGA